GAAAAAGGGCCGGUGGGAUGAGUGAGUUGUGCUCGGGACCGAGCCAACCUGAAUUUCUCCUUGUUUAGCCGCCGCCUCCCCUCAUGACAUCAACACUGCGGAGAGCCGCCGCGCGCUCAGACUCUGCUGCAGAGUGCAGAACGCCAGUGCGCAAAGCGGAUCGUGUGGUAUUGAUGAGUGAUUGGUGAUCUAUCAGGAUGUCGCUGUACGCGUCUCAGAUUAAAGCUUUUAAACGCGCAGAACCCAAGACACUUGGCGCUAUUGAGAUCAUAAUUGGAGUGUUGACUGUCAUAUUGAGCUCAGUUGUGUAUAAGCUGCACUAUCAUAUCCAGCGGGAAAUCAUCAUCCUCAUCAUCAACGGUGCUCAGCUUGUCAUAACUGGUGUUGUCCUGGUGCACACUGGGAGGAAGCCAACUAAAUGUCUGGUGCUGACAACUAUUGUUCUGCAGCUACUAACAGCAGCAUUUGAUAUUGUUGGAUUUGGGCUCAUGGCCAGACACAUCCCAUUCAGAGGAGAGUCAUACUACUACAGGGACACAGAGUGGUGUUGUGACCCACUUCACUCUGUUUGGGCUUGCUGUGGAGAAGGAGAGAAAGGGGGACAUAAAGAGUUCUUAGUGAAUGGGAUCUUGGGAACACUGAUCGGUUUCCUGGUGCUAGCAUGUAUCAUUGGUUUGGUUGUGUCUCUUUUUGGGGUCUACGCCCUUUCUGUUAGUGCCAUUAAGGAGCUGACGCCCAUCCCUCACUCUACAGCAAACCAAUAUUAUGGUGCUGGCGUUCAGGCCCAGAAUAUGAUCCAUGCUGGAAACUGACAAAAUAAAAGAUGUUCAGAGCAGAAGGGCACAGUUUUAGCACAGUUUUACACCAACUGCUAACUACAAACUACAAACCACUCACAGGUAAACAACCACAACUACAGAAGAAAAAAAAAAAAAAACUUUUGUGAAGUUGUAAAUAAUUUUUUGAAAAUAAAAUGGAUAAAAUCUCGUUUUUUGCUUGGCUGUUGCUGUCACAAGCUGUAGGACUGCUGUAAUUUCGAAAGCUCAACUUAAUAGUUGUUCGUACCUCAUUAAUUUUUGCUCUUACAAACUGAAGCUUCUUAGCAUGUAAUUCUAAUUAAAUGUCUACCCAAAAAUCUUGACCAGAAUACAAUGUUAUAGAUGUAUGUUAGAGGGGUAAAUGUGUUUAUCAUUCUUAGGAUAUGUCAAAUUCAGCAUUAGGUACAUAAAAGAAACAGAAAAGGAAUUAUGGUGAAUGGGAACGGUAAGAAGGUUCUGUGAUUCUGACUUUUGUAGAAUUUUGUACCACCUUUUGCAUGAAUGUUUAUAUCGGUCAACAUGUUUGUUUUAGCCACAUGAGGACAUAUGGGCAACAUUUUAUCAAGUUGAUAUUUGUUCAUUUCAAUUGCAAUUUGAAACCGUAAAAAUCUAACAACAUUGUAAGCUGGCCAAAUAAUUAUAUAUAUAUAUGCUUACAAAAAAAUCCUGGCUUGAUAAAUGUGGCCCAUGUUCAGUGAAACUCCUCUAAAGCAGAGUAAUGUGAAUUUAAACACCAGUGAAUAACUAAACAGCAUCGCUUGGCUUUUUUGUCAUCUCGUUUUAUCCGUACUGAUUCUUCAGGAAAGCUAUGAUGACUGCCAACUCUGUAAGUGCCACCACUUGUGACCAAAAUCAUGGACACCCUAAUGACUAAAGGUCAGAGGUUGAACCCUCAGUCAAGGGCUCGACUUUGGUGAUGUAAAAUCCUCUUGUGGAAGCAUGUGUCGUUCGUUCUGUGUCUGUAGAUCUUUGUCUUUAUGACAGCAUGUGAGAUUUACAUUGUGCCUGUUCUCAGUGAUCUCUUGAUGUGUAGUAAAAUGAAACCAUGUAGUAUGUAGUAAUAUGGCUGUGUUUGUGUUUGUAUUUGACUGAAUGAUAUUUCAAAUAAACUUGAUUUAAUACACAA